AUGCUGCUCAGGGAACUCUCCAGGAAGGCUUUGGAUUGGGACUCUCCUCUUCCUGCAGACAGGGAAGCUGAAUGGAGCGCAUGGAGAGAUUCUCUCAGUGAUCUUCAGCAGUUACAGAUUCGAAGACCUUAUGCUGCUACUUCAGUGUCAACGGCUACAAGGAAAGAGUUACAUGUUUUCGCAGAUGCUUCAGUGAAAGCUAUUGCAGCUGUCGCCUAUCUCAAAGUCAUUGAUGCAGAAGAGAAGCCUCAUGUUGGAUUUGUACUGGGCAAAGCUAAACUAGCUCCACAGUCUGCGCACACCAUCCCCAGAUUAGAACUGGGUGCUGCUGUUUUAGCUGUGGAAAUCGCAGAGGUCAUCACCAGUGAAUUGGACAUCGAUCUGAAUGCUGUUGAAUUCUACACAGACAGUCGUGUAGUCCUUGGAUACAUUAGUAACCAGACCAGGAGGUUCUAUGUAUAUGUUGGCAACAGGGUGCAACGUAUCAGAAGAUCGUCAGAACCCAAGCAGUGGCACUAUGUCUCCACAAACUCUAACCCAGCCGACAUAGGCACUCGGUCUGUGUCUGCAGCCAUGUUGAGUGACAGCGCCUGGCUCAAGAGACCUGCCUUCUUGUCACAUGCCAACAGAGACCCAGACACAGACGCCUAUGAACUCAUUGACGCUGAUUGGGAUGCAGAGGUACAAGCAACUGCCACUCACCUGCUCAUCAAUUGGCCUCAGCUUGGAUGUCAGAGGUUCGAACGGUUUUCUUCAUGGAAGAGGCUGAUUAGGGCCAUGAGCUUGCUAGUCCACAUUGUCCAAUCCGUCAAAAACAAAGCUCAGGAUCAGACAUGCCGUUCAUGGCAUUACUGCAAACAGCCACGCAGCGUUGAAGAGCUGGCAAAAGCAGUAAAAGUAAUCAUCAAAAGUGUGCAGAAAGAGGCCUUCAAGGAAAAACUUACCUGCAUAGCUGGUGGAAAAGACAUUCCCACUCACAGUCCUCUGCACAAACUCAGUCCCUACUGUGAUGAAGAAGGAAUGCUUAGAAUAGGAGGACGGCUCAGACAUGGCGAUCUGGAAUACAAAGAGAAACAUCCUCUUGUUCUUCCAGGGGGUCACGUUGCGAAACUGCUCGUAGAGCACCAUCACCAGCGAGUGAUGCACCAGGGUCGAGUUUUCACUGAAGGAGCAGUGCGAUCUGCUGGAUAUUGGAUCAUUGGAGCAAGAAGAUUGAUCAAGCAUGUCCUGCACAACUGCAUCACCUGCAGAAAACUCAGAGGCCGAGCAAACACUCAGCUGAUGGCAGACCUACCACCUGAUCGCUUGAGCAUGGAACCUCCCUUUACCUUUGUGGGCCUAGAUGUAUUUGGUCCUUGGCCAGUUGUCACGCGGCGCACCAGGGGAGGCCAUGCAAACAGCAAGCGGUGGGCCGUCCUUUUCACGUGUCUUAGUACACGCGCCAUCCACAUUGAGCUGAUUGAGUCAAUGGACUCCUCAAGUUUCAUUAAUGCCUUCCGGAGGUUCAUCAGCUUGCGUGGACCUGCCAAACAGAUCCGAUCAGACUGUGGUACCAAUUUUGUUGGUGCUUGCAGGGAGCUGGGGUUCCUGCAGACAGACCCGAACCUGUCCAACAUCAGAAGGUACCUCGGAGAAGAAGGUUGCACGUGGGUCUUCAACCCACCUCAUUCCUCUCACAUGGGAGGCAGCUGGGAGAGAAUGAUUGGGAUAUCCAGACGCAUCCUAGAUGCAAUGUUUCUCCAGUCUAGCCAUGUUCAAUUGACACAUGAAGUGCUUUCCACUCUCAUGGCAGAGAUAACAGCCAUAAUCAACGCCAGACCAUUGUCCCCUAUCACGACAGACCCAGACUCACCUUUCCUGCUCACGCCAGCGAUGCUCCUUACCCAAAAGGUCUACUCUCCUCCUCCUUUCCCAGGUGGUUUUGACGGAAAAGAUCUGCACAGGCAGCAAUGGAGGCAGGUGCAGCAUCUCGCGGACAUAUUUUGGAACAGAUGGAGACGGGAGUAUCUUGGGACGCUUCAGAGCCGGAGGAAGUGGCAGGCCGACCGGCCAAACCUCCAAGUUGGGGAUUUGGUGUUGCUGAAAGACCAGCAAGUGAAUCGCAACGAAUGGCCAAUUGGGCUCAUCCACAACACCUUUCCAGACAAAGAUGGUAAGGUCAGAAAAGUCGAGAUCAAGAUCUUCAAGAAUGGAGCAGCUAAGACCUACCAGAGGCCUGUAUCUGAAACGGUGCUUCUCAUGUCCCGUGACACCUUAGAGUCCCAGGACUGUGUUUAG